AUGCAAGACUAUCAUUCCUCUCUCGACAGCCCGUCACGCCAACUUGUCUUGGAUCUGGCCAGAGAGCUGGAACAGGUGCGGAUCCACACAUUCGAAUUGAAGCAAGUCAAGGCCUACGAGCGACGAAAUUUCUACGAAAAACUCGACCAAAUUGACCGCGAGGUUGGAGCCAGACACUAUGCUGCCCUGGACAAGGUUGCAGCGCGGCACGACAAGGUGCGAGAGGAGGCAGAGGAGACAUUGAGGGAACACCUGCGGCAGGCGGAAAUCGAACGUCUUCAGAAGGAGGAAGAGGCUCGGAAAGAAAGGGAACGGAUUGAACGCGAAAAGGCCGAAAAGCUACGGCGCGAACAGGAGAAAGCCGCACGAUUGGAAGCGGAGCGAAGAGCCAAGGAAGAAGCCCAGAGGAAAGCCGCAGAAGAGGCAGAGAGGGCCAAAAAGGCUGCGCAGGAAGAACAGGAGCGGAAGGAUCGCGAGCGCUUGGAGACAGAGAAGCGACAACGCGAGGCAGAACGCCAGAAAGCAGAGCAAGAAGCUGCACGACGUGAGGCUCAAGCUGCGGAACAAGCUCGGGCGGAAAAGCAGAAAGAAAUCGGGGCCAAGGGUCAAACAGAUCAGGAAGCUAAAGUGCACCAACGCUAUCUGGAGUUACACCAACACCUAAAGAAGUUCAGGGAAUACCUGCGGAACGAAGGCAAAUCGAACGCCACACUGAAGCAGACUAUGGGUGAUAUGCGCCGUACAAUUACCAAGUGUGUCGGGCAGAUUCGGGAGGGGAGGGAAGCAAACAGGGGCCAGGUUCAAGAGAUCAAAGCUACCAUGGAGAAAGCAGCAGCUUUCCCCGGGCAGCCAUCGGUCGACAUCCGUCAAUUCAUUGCCUUCCCACCAGACCAUAUUGCCAACUCCGAUGAUAACAAGGUACCGGCACUGAUGAUUUACUGCUUCAACAUAUUCUCCAAAUGCUUGAUUGCCUCUCUCUUAACCGAAGCAUCCGUGAAUCAGAACCAUGCAGAACCCGUUGGCAUUGUAGCUGCUCAGAUAUUUUCUGCCGAACCGUUUAUCUAUAAAGGUAUUCCCAUGAGUGACAUUCUCUGGGCCAAGUACCGCUUCCUCUGUCCAGCCUUGUGGGGACUAUACGGGGACGAGAAAACUGAAGCGGGGAAGCGUGCUGUGGGCUGGCGACUGGCAGAGCCUGGCGGCCCGUUUAUCUCAGAACAGGAGCAUGGUGACCGUAUGACGGCUCUGGGCGCCGGGUUUGCGGCCAUUACUCUGCGCAAUUUCGGGAAGACGGCGCGCCAAAACCCUUUUCCCAACACGAUAUUCUGGCACUCGAUGCACAAAAUCUCCUCUAUCCCACUCAACGAGAUGCCAGAGACGCACGUGAUUCUUCUCUCUGCGGUGCUACGUUCCAGCGCUGAGCGGGUUGUCGGGUUUUUCGGACACAUCGGUCUUGCACUGAUGAGGAGGCUUAUUGUCGACAUACCAAACGGCUUACCCCGCCAGACCACAGCUGUGAACCAGCUCAGGCUCCUCAAGGAUCUUUAUCUGCGCGAGAAGGCUAUUCUUAUCUAG